AUGUCUCUCGGAACGACCGCAAAACUCAACACUGGUGCCGAAAUCCCUGUCCGAGGAUACGGUACCUGGCAGGCUGCCCCAGGAGAAGUCGGCGAGGGCGUUUACCUGGCAUUGAAGGCUGGCUAUCGUCACUUGGAUCUUGCCAAGAUCUACGAGAACCAGGUCGAGGUUGGCCAGGGUAUCGCCAGAGCCUUCAAGGAGUUCGGCAUUAAGCGCGAAGAUGUCUUCAUUAAGAAAAGUCAAUUCCACCCCGACGACGUCGAGGCUGCCUUGGACGACACCCUGAAGGAGCUCGGUCUGACCUACCUUGAUCUUUACCUCAUCCACUGGCCCUCCGCCUUCAAGUCGAAGAGGGAUAUCCUCAAACUUUUCCCCCUUCAAGCCGACGGCCUGGUGGACAUUGAUGACGACAUUUCCAUUAUUGACACCUGGAAAGCCGUGACCAAACUCCCCAAGACCAAGACCCGUGCCGUUGGUGUGUCCAACUACUCCAUUAAGCAUCUCGAGGCAAUCAUCAAUGCCACCGGCGUCGUGCCCGCAGUCAACCAGAUUGAGCGUCACCCAUACCUCCUCAACCCUCCUCUGAUCGACUACGCCAAGCAGAAGGGCAUUCACAUCACCGCUUACUCGGGCUUUGGAAACAACUCGGUCGGCGUGCCUCUGGUCAUCACCCGCCCUGAGGUCAAGGAGGCCGCCGAGAGCGCCUCUAAGCGCACUGGCAAGACCGUCACCCCCGCACAAGCUGCCCUUGCCUGGGCCCAGGUUGGCGGCCACAGCGUCAUCCCCAAGUCCGUUACCGCAUCGCGCAUUGUCGAGAACUUCACCGACGUCGAGCUCUCCCCCGAAGAGAUCGCCAAGAUCGAUGCUAUCGGUAGCGAAAACAAGCGAUUCAACAUUCCAGCUGUUGUCAACUCGCCUCGCUGGCCUAUUAACAUCUUCGACACUCCUGAAGAGCAGGACCCUGCUCUGCACCAAGUCAACAUUGGUGCCUAG